GGUCAAACAUUUGAAAGGACUCGAUUGGCUGAGUGUGAUCAGCUGAAGCGGUGCGUCAGUGCGAGCAGGAGUGCGCGCUCGUGAAAGCAGCUACAACUCAGAGACACACAGCAGCAAACGCUCUUCAAACCAAAUUAUCACCAUAGACUGCUUUCCUAAGCUUACUCUAAGAAAUCAUAGUUAUUAGUGUUUGUUACAACCGCGCUUUGGUUCAUUUCAUUUGCCCGGGGACGCUGGAUAUGGAGCUGGUUGGGUCUGAAUAACAAACGCACACAAAGCGGAUCAGCUCGAGCCGAGAUGAGCGCGACUAUGAGCGGCUCUGGGUCAGCGCCCUGUCGCUUUGCACAUUACUUCAUCAUAUGCGGAAUAGACAACGAAACGGGUCUAGAGCCCGAUGCUUUGGCAGCUUUGUACCAAUGGCUAGAGGCCGAUCGACAGGGCAAGGACCCAGAGGCCUUGGCAGCAGGGGAAAACUUUGAUCAGAGCCCCCUCAAAAGGACCUUUAAAUCCAAAGUUCUGGCCCACUACCCAGAGAACAUAGAGUGCAACCCAUUUGACCAGGAUGCUGUUAACAUGCUCUGCAUGCCCAAAGGUCUGUCAUUCCGAACACAGCGUGACAGUCGCACUCCACAGUUCCACUCGUUCCUCAUCACAAGAGAAGACGGAUCUCGCACUUAUGGUUUUGUUCACACCUUCUACGAGGAGGUGACCAGCCCUCAGAUCUGCUCCGCCAUGCAGACGUUACACCAGAUGCACCAAGCAGAGCAUAAUGCAUCGGCGCAUAACUGCCCUUCAUCGUCCUCUUCCUCCUCAUCCUCAUCCUCCUCUAGUAUGGACUCUUUAGCCAGCAGUCUGGAUGAAGUCGAGUCUCCCUCCUCAACUUCAUCCUCACAAGGGGGCCGCAGGAAUUGUGGCUGCUCUGGGGAAGGCUACGACUCCGUUCGUGACACUCUGUACGUGUCCAAAGCUAUUUGUCUAAUCACGCCCAUGCCCUUCAUGCACGCCUGUAAACGCUUCCUGUCCCAGAUCCACCGGGCCGUCAUCUCCCAUCAGCCACCCCCACUCCCUUUGGAAAGCUACAUCUACAACAUCCUCUAUGAAGUACCUUUGCCACCUCCCGGACGCUCUUUAAAGUUCCAUGGAGUGUAUGAACCUAUCCUGUGCCAGAGGCCUGGUGUCGGGGAGCUACCAUUGGCUGAUUUCCCACUGGGUGAGGCCUUCCGGUUGUUGGGUGUGGAAAAUCUGGUGCAGCUUUUCACUUGUGUCCUGCUGGAGAUGCAGAUCCUCCUCUACUCACAGGACUACCAGAGGCUCAUGGUGGUUGCGGAGGGAAUCACAACGUUGCUGUUCCCGUUCCAGUGGCAGCAUGUGUACGUGCCCAUCCUUCCCGCUUCUCUGCUGCACUUCUUGGAUGCCCCUGUGCCCUAUCUCAUGGGCCUGCAGUCCAAAGAGGGCACGGACCGCUCCAAACUAGAGCUGCCUCAAGAGGCGAACCUGUGUUUUGUUGACGUCGACAACCACUGCAUCGAGCUGCCUGAAGACUUUCCUCAGUUCCCCAAUAAGACCGAGUUCAUCCAGGAACUCAGCGAGGUGUUGCUAAGUUAUGGCCUGUCUCCCGAGGGGGGCAACACCUCCCCUGAGCCUGCCGUCACCACGCAGACCUCCAUGCUGGAGAAGGAGCUGAAGAGCACGUCCUUGAGCGAGUUAGUGGACGACAGGAGGAAUGGCAACCUCGGCGGGGAGGCGCUGGACAUGCUGGAACUUCUUCAAGGCAACCCGACCCUGGAGCGUCUGCAGGCUCUGGCUAAAAGGACUGGGGUGAAAGUGGCCCGUCUAGAGACAUUGGCAGCGGGACAGAAGGCCGUAAGGGAUGAGAGCGUUGGAGGAAGGUCUCCUGUCGAGGAAGAAGAGCUGAGGAACGCAAAACUAAACGUGCAGCUGAGGGAGGUGUUCGCCGCGCGCUUCGCGACAAUGUUUGCGGACUACGAGUCGUUUGUGAUUCAGAACUCGCCAGAUUUAGAGUCCUGGCUGACGAACAGAGAGCAAAUGCACAACUUUGACAAGGCCUCAUUCCUUUCAGACCAGCCGGAACCAUACUUGCCCUUCUUGUCCCAUUUCAUCGAAACGCAAAUGUUUGCCACCUUCAUCGACAACAAGAUCAUGUCUCAGUGGGAGGAGAAAGAGCCCCUCCUACGAGUGUUUGACGGACGCAUUGAGAAGGCCCGCCUCUACAAUGUCCGUGCCCCCAGCUUGCGCUCAUCUGUUUACCAGAAAUGCACUUUCCUGAAGGAAUCGGCCCAGGCCAUAGAGCAACGGCUGAGAAAGAUCGACCACAUGGCCAUCCAUCCACAUCUACUGGAUAUGAAGAUUGGCCAAGGAAAAUACCAGCAGGGCUUCUUUCCCAAACUACAGGCUGAUGUGCUCGCCUCAGGGCCCACCAACAACAAGUGGUCCAAUCGCACAUGCUCGACUCAGCGCAGAGUGGACCGACACAGACAGCAGAACGAACAUCUUGUGCUGGACAAUGACCUCAAAGAGAAGUACAUGCAGGAGGCCCGUAACCUGGGGAAGAACCUGAGACAACCCAAAUUAUCAGACCUCUCCCCUGCAGUCAUCGCUCAGACCAACUGGAAGUUUGUGGAGGGUUUACUGAAAGAAUGCAAGAUGAAGACCAAGCGUAUGUUGGUGGAGAAAAUGGGCAGAGAGGCUGUUGAACUGGGACAUGGAGAGGCAAACAUCACCGGUCUGGAGGAGAACACGCUCAUAGCCAGUCUGUGUGACCUGCUGGAGAGAAUAUGGAGCCACGGCCUACAGGUCAAACAGGGAAAGUCUGCACUGUGGUCUCAUUUAUUGCACUACCAGGCAAGAGAAGAGAAAAACGAAAUGCUGUCAGAGUCUCCAGUGUCUAAUGCUCAGGAAAGACGAAAGCCAGAGUCCAGUGUUGGUCUUCCUGCAUUACGUGUCUCAGUCAUACAGGAUAUGAGACACAUCCAGAACAUGGGAGAGAUUAAGACCGAUGUAGGUCGAGCACGCGCCUGGAUCCGUCUGUCUCUGGAGAAAAAACUACUUUCCCAGCAUCUCAAACAGCUGCUGUCUAACCAGGCCUUAACCAAGAAGCUGUACAAGCGGUACGCCUUCUUGCGCUGCGAAGAGGAAAAAGAACAGUUUCUCUUUCAUCUCCUGAGCCUGAAUGCAGUGGACUACUUCUGCUUUACCAGCGUCUUCACCACCAUAAUGAUUCCGUACCGUGCCGUUAUCAUCCCUAUCAAGAAGCUUAGUAACACCAUGACGACGUCCAACCCUUGGCUGUGUGUGUCCGGCGAGCUGGGCGACUCCGGCAUCCUGCAGAUCACAAAGAAUGUUCUGGAAAUGACGUUUGAUUCUGCCUUUAGGCCUCACACGCACAUCUCCAUCGCCUUCAAGCGUCAGAACCUCGGGAAGUUGACAACAGUGCAGCUGGGUCAUGAUAAUUCUGGCUUGCUUGCCAAGUGGCUGGUGGAUUGUGUCAUGGUCCGCAAUGAGAUCACUGGCCACACAUACAAGUUCCCGUGUGGCAGGUGGCUGGGGAAGGGCGUGGAUGAUGGCAGUCUUGAGCGAGUUCUGAUUGGUGAAUUUGUAGUUCCGUGCAACGAUGAAGAUGGAGGCCGAGGGGCUAAGACUCCGCCCCUUCAGCGAUCACCUUCCCAGAUCCGACGAAUUAGCAUCACGUCACUUACAGGACGUGGAAACAAACCAACAACUGUUCAGAUACAGGAAUCCAUCGGUGAAGCAGUCAACAAUAUUAUAAAGCAUUUCCACAAACCGGAGAAAGAGAGGGGCAGUCUUACGGUUCUGCUGUGUGGUGAGGGUGGUCUGGUCUGGGCACUGGAGCAGUUCUUCCAUCAUGGAUUCCGCUCAGCUCGAAUCUUUCAGAAAAAUGUCUUUGUGUGGGAUUUCUAUGAGAGAAUAGUAGCGUUUAUGGAGAAUGCAGAUCAGAUUGGAGACCUCCAAGAAAUACCAGAGCCUCUUGGUCCGAAUUGUGAAUCUUUCUGUCGAUACGUCAACGCCAUUAACAAUAUGCCACGCAACAUUGGCAAGGAUGGAAAGUUCCAGCUGCUAGUUUGCCUCGGGGCAAGAGACCGAUUAUUGCCGCAGUGGCUCCCUCUGCUGGCCGAAUGCCCUGUCAUCACACGUAUGUACGAGGAGAAUGCGUUACUUCGAGACAAACUCACCGUCAGCUCUCUCGUCGGUGUUCUGGAAACACUCAGUGACUUCCCCAUCACGCUGGAGACCUCCUUUACGAAAAGCGUCGAGCUGUAACUCCUCAUGCUGAGGUUAAAUUCAGACUGCUCCCCCUCUCUGCUGCCACCCUCAGGGCCAAAGCGGCUCUACAAGUUACUCUGCCUUGUGCAUUUGCUGACCAGGGAAAGACUGAGGACUUAUCGAAGCUUCUCUCAACAUGACUGUCUCCUCCACCCCCAAAGAAAUGAACUUUGAACUUCAGAAAUGUGUUUUGUAGCAGUAUUUGGAGUUGUGUUCUUUCUAACUGAAAGACUUACUUUUUCCCUGUGGAUUUUGCUUUCAAACCUGUGGUCAUUUGUCUGCGAGCGACAGACGGAGUCGUAUCUGCUAGCGUUUCUGCUUCAGAUCAUGUGCUGUCUCUCUGGAAAGCACUGUAGGAAGCAUGUUUUUUGCAAAGUAUGUCAAGAUACUGAGCACUGCUGAGUUCUGGCAGAUUAUAUGUCCGAUACUCUCAAUAACCGGCAUCUGACAGGCAAAACUAUUAUACUUGAGGAAUUCAGACAUCAAGUGUUUAUAAUGACUUGAAUUUUAUCACUAAAUCAAUGUUAAACUGAUGUGCUGAUUGGCUGUCAGUUUGUAAGAAAGAGUCUUGACAUUGGAUAGUCCGAAUUCGAGGGUGUCAGUUUGAAACAUUCUCUUGGUUAAAAGCCUAUCAAAUGAAUUUUCAGAGAAAAAGGACAUUCCGACAUGAUGUGAAUCGCUGUAUGUUACAAGAUGUGUGAUAGUAUCACGUGUAUGUGUGUGUGUGGCUGGUUUAUCAGAUGAACACUUUGGAAAGAUGUUUAUUUUGCCAAUGAGUAUUAACUUCAUUCUUAGAUACUUCAGUAUCAUGUUUUAAAUUUUUGUUUAAGAAAGAAACACUGGAAAUCAAGACUGGAAAGCAAUAACAAGCCUCUUUCAGACUCUUUGUUUGCCAUUAACCUUUAAAAUCGCAGUUAAAAUCUCUCAAAUCUUAAAUAUUACAGUUACUUAUGGGGUGCUUUAAAUUAUAAAGUGUAAACCCUAGUAUUUAUCACUAAUUGAAGGUCUAAAUGCAACAUAUUACUUUGUAAAUCCAUGUUUGAUUACUGCAUUACUUGCACGUUGCUUAGAAAUUAAGAAGUAUUGUCCUUAAAUAACCAGUUAUGUUUAUGUUCUUAUGCAUCAGUUUUAAUCCGGAAUCCAUGCUGAGAGAAAUCAAGUAAACGCAUUUGUUACAGGAUGAAUUGCAACUUUGAAUCACUUAAUGUUACUUUAAGCAUUUAAUCUAAGAGAUCUGUAGUACGUCAACCUGUGUAUUUUAUUUCUUUUUAUAACUACUCGGAUCAUUUGUAUGUAUUUAUUUUCGGACGAAACUUAUGUCUGAUUUUGGAUUAACUCAAUCUUGAGGUGACUUAUGCAGUAAGCUGACACUGUAUCACUUAUUUAUUUUAGUAAAUCUACUUUAUGAUGUGUUCAGACUUUGUAUAGAAUGGAACGUCCAUCUUGUGUAAAAGUCGACUUUGUUUUGGGCCCCAAAAGUUGCUGAAAUCACAAAGAAUCCUCUGGCUGGAGGCAUGAGGAAACCGCAGGAACUGUCCCUUUGUUUGCGGUGCUGAAGCAUGCGACGUUUUAGAUCUUGGAGAAGUAUUGUUGCUGUAAAUUAAUUUGUUCCUCUUCUAAAUCCUUUCGGUUUCAUUCCAUACUGGUUAAUGUUUUUUUUUUUUUCCCCACCUGUAUAUGAAAAGCUUCUAAACAUCGAUCAUAAAUGCUCCCUUUGUAAAAUGAGUAGGUUCCACCAUCAUGUUUAUAUUUGUGAAGCAACCCAUUAAAAUUGCUCAGUAAGUCCA